CUUCAAGAAGAGAAAAAAAAGAUCUCCCAUCGUAGCCGUCGAAGUGCAACUAAAAUGGUGCAAUUUUUAAUUUGUGAAUUCCUUGCAGUUGUGCGAUUUUUCGGGGUUUGUAAUGUGAUGAAAUAAGCUUUGAUUAUCAAUGGAACGAUUUGCAAUGUGCUGCACAGGAGUUAAAUGGUGAACUGAUGAUAUUCGUAUCAUUUUCUAUCCCGGAUUCAGAUGAAGGAAAGUUUUUCUCGUUUCUCGCUAAUGGCGUAGGAGCGACCCAGCUAGACGUGAAAAAAGUGCUGAAACAUUUUGUUAUUAAAUUUGCGAAAGUUUGGGACAGAUUUCGGUUUGAAUUUUGAGGGCGAGUGUCGAUAAUGGAAGAAGUGCAAGUAAUAGACUGCCCUCCGACGCCGGAGAUUUUGCUGUCUUCGUCAACAACCCCCCCGAGGCCGUCGCUGCUGGACAUGCUGGACAGCUCAUCGUCCGCGGAGGAACUGGACAACUGCUCCGGGGAGGCCGGAAAUGACGAGACGGAAAGUGGUCGCAGUUCGCCCCCGCCCAAGUGUGCCAUCUGCCUGGGCAAAUGCCGUCAAAAGUGCUACACGGAUUCGUGCCGUCAUCAGUUCUGCUAUCGCUGUCUGCUCGAGUGGAGCAAGAUAAAAGCAGAGUGUCCUCUAUGCAAGCAAGUUUUUCGGUCGAUCAUCUACAAGCAAAAAUCCUACGGACACUACCAGGAGCAUAAAAUAUCUAUUGCUCCGCCGGUUUCGCCCGGCCAGGGACCAGGGUCAAGUGGAGGGGGAGCGGCACGGACGGUUCCCCAAGUUUAUCACCGUUUGGAUUUCACCCUGUCCCAGCCGCCACGAUUCACCUACAGUGCAACGCUGCAUGUUCAACCGAGCCAGAGCGAGCGACUGCAACAACUAUUCCUCCACCAAUCUGGCGAUGUCCAAAGGUUCAGUCGGGAAUUUCCGGACGAUUUCAUUCCAUCUAGACAGAAUGGUCCCGAGUGGAGACGCUACAUUUACCACAGAAGGUUACACGCCCGACCACUGGCGGACAUUAACGGACGGAUGAGAGAUUGCAGUGCUUCAUUUUAUCGUGAAAACCCCGCCCAAAUACAUCGCUUGAUGCCGUGGAUUAAUCGAGAGCUGGUCGCACUUUGUCGGAACAAUCCGGCACAGGUCUCAAUCAUAAUGGAGGACUUUCCCAAUCUGCUGAUGACCCACGACAUCACUUCGCCGGUAUUCCGCGAACGAGUUUCCUACUGGGGCUGGGUACGCACUACCCACUUUAUUCACGAAUUGCUCAACUUUGCCCGUUCGCCAUACGAUAUUAUUGGUUAUGAUCGUUCCGUCCAGUAUGACCCGUACUACAACAACAGCGUUGUAGUGCUGUCAUCGUCUUCGUCAUCCUCUUCAGAGGCUGGUCUCUCCGCGUCCGAAGAAGAGGACGAUGUAGUGCGGGUAGUAGAACCGACUCCGGGAACCUCAGGAACUAUGGAAUCGAGCGGGGGACCGAGUGGGAGCGCCAGACGAGGAAGGACACAAUUUACAAUCGAAACCAGAUCUUCUGAUCAAACUGUGAUUAUGACGGGCUCUUUUGGAGGAGCUGGAGUUAGUGGAAUCGUAUCGGUAUCCACCUCUGGAGCACAACCAAACAACGGAUCCGGAACAAGCACCAGUGUUUACCCGGAUUUGUCUCGGAUGCAACCGCUAACCUCGAUGUUACUUCAACCGCCUCCAGUUAGCCGACUAGAGGAUGGGGAAAACAUUUCCCUUUCGUCCAGUGAUAGCGACGACUGCCGGAUAGUCGGAGCGCUCAAACCACCCCACCUGCGAACUCCUGAAAUGGUCAGCCUAGAAUCGGAAAGCGACAGCGAUGUCGUAUUCGUAAACGAAGAUGCCACUAGAGCUAGAACCCAAGCCAUGGAUAACAACUCUGUUUUAGAGCAGCUUUUUCCAGAAACCCUUUUGAAUGAGGAGUUGGCUAAGCUUGAAACUCACAUGUUUGCAUCCGAGUACAACAACGGAGCUUCCACUUCCUCCGGCGGAGGAAGUGCGAGCGGUGGCAUGAAGAAAUAUUACGCAAAACCUCGACUGAAUAGAUACAGUGAAGGAACCGGCUUCAAAAGCAUCUAUGAAGCCAGCGAGUCAGAAAAAAGCCACGGAGAACCAAGCAUACAAAGCGAAUCUGACUCGUCGAGUCAUGACGAAGUCAAGUUCAAUAUACGAAAUCAAGCUCCAAUAGGCAUUCGCAAAAGGAAAUCUGUCAAACGUAGACAAGCAUCUUCAUCCAGAAGUAGCAGCUCAGCCAGUCGCGAUGCAAGCUCUUCUUCUGACUCAGAAAGUGAAAGCAGUAGUUCUUCCUCGAGUGGAUGCAGCUCUAGUUCUAGCAACGGGAGUGACAACUCUGCUAAUAAUUCUCUGAAAGUUACCCUCAAGAAGCGUUCCCGCAGGUCGAAUGUACGCUCUCCACGAAAAACUUCCAAACGAGUGCAAAAUGAAUCGAAAUCCAAAACCUCCAAAGUCAAGAAACGGAAGACCUCGUCCUCCAAACGAUCCAGUCGCAAGCGCCAAAAACUUCAAAUCCCUAAACAGCCCCCCAAAAGUUCAUCCGAGAGUGGCAAGGGUACGUCUGUUUCCUGCACUUCGGGACCCUCGGCGGAAAGUCUCAAAAUUGAAACCAACACAGUAGCACUCGCCCACCCUGCCGGGAGUUUCUCCGGCAAAAAACGUAAAAUGAGAAGCGCUGUUAUCAAACUGAAUCCAGUUGCAAAGGCAGCUCGGCAGCAGCAGCUGGGUGCUUCCAAAAGACGCCGAAAGGCGCCGAUCUGCUCCGAAUUAAUCACUAGCACUGACUUCUCAAGUGAGGAAAACAAACCGGAUGCAGACGAACAGCAGAUGCCACCAGCGCAGCAGCAAGAAGUACAACACGAAUCUACCGACACCAGCUCGCUGGAUACGGACACGUCUGAUAGCGAAGAAGGUCGGUGUACAAUCGCCUCUUUGAUACGAGCGGCCAAAACGAGCGACACCUUAGAGAUGAAGCAGCAAAGCACGUCUAGCAGCAGUUGCAGCUCCAGUAGCAAAAGCAGUAGCAGCGCAAAUUCCUCCUUAACUGGACCGUCGAGCCAGCGGGAUGUUGUUACCGGCAAUGCGGUAAAUGGUGACGACGAUGCGGAAGAGGACGAAGAGGAGGAAGAAGAAGACGACGACGACGACGAUAACGAUCAGGAAGAUGAGGAUGAGCAUAACGAAUCGCCGGUGGUUUCGACCAGCGAGGAAGUAGAUGUCUCGGUGGCGCAGGUGAUUGCUGUUGGAGCCGAAGUGGAACUCUGAGAUUUACUGCGGACUGUGGAGUUCGACGAGUGGUGAAAGGGGGAUAGAGUUGAUGUAAUCCUCAUCUCCAAACCUACGACGUGUUCGUGACUGUUCAAAAAUAAAUUUGUUCAUAAUUUAUAAGCCCUUUAUGCUAUAGGACAUAAGCUUCUACUAUUUGUUAAGUAGGACUAAAUCCAUAGAAACAAUGCGUACAACACUAACAAUGUCGACGUGAUGGAAAUAAACCAAAUUGUACUUACAGGAUUCACCAUUCUCCAGUUACUCACAUUAGACUUUUUUUUUAUCUUUUUUGAAAAUUCAUAUGCAGAAUGAAAGCAUCUAAAUUAAGUAAAUUGGUUAGAGCGACUCAAUGCAACCCUGAUAGGUGUAUCAAAUAUGUUAAACUUUUGCCAGUUUCCGGCUGGACGAAUCCGGAAGUAAUUCUUUCAUUCUCUGCAUUUUGAAUAAAAGACUUUGUAAAGAUAAAAAAUCGUGUUGUACGCCAUAACAAAAAAACAAAGGUAGACAGCUUUGCUACUACAAAAAAUGAAGCAUACACAUUCAACGAUGAUCUGUGAAAGACUCUAUCGAGCAGCAAUCGUCAACUCCGUCUAUUGUAAAUACCGGUUUAAACUAAAGAUGAAAUGAAUAGUGGUAGAACAAACAACUGCUUCAGCCCCUCGCACGAAGAAAUGCGUUUGUUCUCAAAAAAGUGUACAUGUUUACAUACGUAAACUAAAUUUCCCCGUAAAAAUCAAUGACAUCUUAUAAUAGUCUUCAGCAGUUUACUUUUAAAUAAAAGCAUCCAUAAAAAAGUAAA